GCUGGUUGCAAGGAUUUAAAUGAUUUUCAUUGAAAUAUCUAUCAAUAGUCCAAUAGUUUAUGAACCGAUAGGGUUUGAAAAUCUAUUGACAUUUUCAUAGAACGCAUUUUCAAAAAGAAAAAUUAAUUUUAAAAAAAAAACAAAAACCAAACAAGGAAAUGUCUCUCGUCAAGGAAAGCAUUGUUAACGGAAAACUGUCAGAGGCAAGCGAUGAACCAUCUAAAUCGGAGAAGGAACAAAAAUCAGAGACAGCAUUCGCUGAAGAUCAAAUACCCUUAGCCCUGUUGCCACCCGAUCAUCCGCUACUUCAAAAGUUUCAACAGACCCUUAGGGAAUAUCUUCUGCGCACCCGAGAUAAGCUGAUCAAUGAAAUUGAAGAAAUCAAGUAUUCGGUCAAGCAGAAAGAACAACAGCGCGAAGAACAGGGAUCCACGUUGUACGACAUGCAGGAGGAAAUCGAACGCCAAAACGAACAGCUUGAAGAGUUUACCCAGCAAAUAGAAGAAAAUGUUCAGAAGCGGCAUCACGAAGAGGAGGCUGUGCGCCAGCUGAAAGAGGAGUUCGAAAAGAGAGCCCUAAUAACGAAGCAGCAGAAGACGCAAUACAACAAGCGAAUGUCUGAGCUGGAAAACAUGCAAGAACUAGAGAGAAACAUUCGCAAGUGGGCCGAUGAUGUCGAAGACGAAGUGAAAAAUGCCAAACGUAUUGUUAGCCGUGAUGCCCAGCUACAGCAGCAGCUAUCCGAAGAAAAGAAAAAGUCCGAUCUACUCUUCUACCAUUUGGACGUCGAGGUAAGAAAGAGUGAACGGGAACUGGAAAUGGUGCACAAUGAAGUCAAGGACAUGGAAGAAGUUAUGGAUGUGCUGAAUAUGAGCGUGGCCAAUGCCAAUGCCGACCUGGAGGCACUGGAAACUGAACACAAACGCCUAACGCAGGCUUGGUCGGAAGUCAUUGUGGCAAUAGCGCUCAGAGAUCGAAUACUCUAUCAAGUCCAGGAGGCAAUUAACAAAGAAAGGGAAGCUAUAAAACUAAAUACCGCUGGUAUUCAGGCUAUCAAAAAGCAGAUACGAAAAGAAUUGGAACUGAAUGAGAAAUUGGAAACAUUUAAGAAACGAUUAUCUGAUGAUUAUACUCUGCUUAGAAGAGAGUGCAAAACGCAAUCGGAUAUCCUGACUGGACUGGAAGAAAAACUCAUUGAAAUCCCCAUUCUGCUCGAACAAACCGAAAAAGAUCUGAAAGAGGCCAAGGUGGAGGGCACCAAUUUGGACACAGAAAUACGUCGAAUACAAAUAAAAAUUGACAAGCUUAACAAUCAAAAAUAUCUCAACGAAGAGAAUAUUCUGAAAUUGGCCCAGGAACAGCUGAUCACCGACAAGGCCAGUGAAUAUCGUCUAAAACUACUGAACAACUCGCAGGAGGAAAGGCGUACAAUGGAGUUGAAUUUAUCACAGGCUCAGAAUCAACUGGCGGAAACUCUACUCGAAAUGGAACGUCACAAAGCGGAUAAUUUUCGAAAUAGCCAAGAGAAUGAAAAACUUAACGAAAAGCUGCUCAGGUUGGAGCAUCAAGCGGACUGUAUGGCUUCGGAACUGAAACAAUUGGAGACGCAGAUUGAAAUCAAAAUGAAACGAAUGGAUAAACUGAACAGUCAGUUGGAUGAGCUGGUGCGUUCCAAUGAGGGCCAAGAGAUAAGUCCGACGGAAAUGAAGAUAAAACAAAUGGAGAAAUCUAUACAAGCGCUGGAUCAACAAAUCAGAGACUACCAACAAUUUUGGAUAAUGUUACAGAAUCAUUUUGUAAUUCUUUCCCAAAAGAGGAGUGACCAAAUGAAUCAGAUACAAAUAACCAGAAAACAAUUGUCUAUAAUUAAGCAAAAAUCUUUAAAAUUGGACCAAGAUCUCGAGCAAACGGAAAACAUUACUAAGGAGCUUAACAGAGAAAUACAAAUAUAUCAAUCCAAAUUGGAGCUACUAAAUGCCAGGGUAGCGAAGAAGCGCCAGCAACACGAAACCAUUGAAAACGAAUGCGAGCAGGAGCAUGGUGAACUUGUGGAAAAGCUUAAGGAUCAGGAAAUGAGAGUUUUACAACUCGAAGACGAUAUCAACGAACUACAAAGUGAUAUCGAACAUUACAAAGAUUUGGUUCUGGACAAGCACCGAGAAUCACUGUCGUGGGAAACUAAAUAUAAGCUCAUUGAAGAGACUCUGCGUUGGCGAAAGGAAGAGGGAGCCCUGGACAGUGAAUUGGGAACGAUGCGAACCGAAAUCCAUCGAAUGCAAAUCAGACAUCAGCAGCUGAGAAGGGCCCAAGGAAAACUCAUCCAGGAUCUCGAUCACUGCGUCAUGCAUCGCGAGCACAUAUCGGCAACAGCUUCGAGCAAACAAACACUCGAGCAAUCGAAGCCAUCCAAAGUUCGCCGGAACACCACAACGAUCCAGUAUAAAAUCAACGAUUUGCGCAAUAAACUGAAACAAAUGCAAACGGAAAUUAGUCUUCUCUCCGACCAGCAAAUCAGGCAACUCCAAAAUGACUACCGCUGCCUUGAAGAUGACACAAAGCGGCUGAGGGCUCUCAUCGAGCAAGAAACCAAGGAAAAUUCCAAGUUAAAGGCUGACAUCGAGGUUGGUCUCUUGCAGAAACAUCAGAAUCUGGAAAAUAUCGUGCGCAAGCAAAAUCGUGCCAAAUCGUAUCGGCGCUUGAAUGGCUCAACACAGCCUUUCAAACUGCCACGCUCCGAGGCAACGAUUCUUAGCCAAAUGCAAAAACAAAUGGAAAUGAACGACCAGUUGAUGGAGGUCCUUCAAGUGCUCAGCACCGAUCAUCCCGAACGGCAAAUAUAUUUCUCAAAACUAUUGCAAAUUUUAAAAACUUAAAAUCCGAUUCAAAUUUUAUGUGAGACAAAUUCCAGGAUUGAAGCACAUUAAUGCGGAAAGAAGUUUCUAACUAAUAACAUGAUAUACAAAUAACAUUAUAUACGAAGAUGCAAAGGCUCUGAAAAUACAAUUUUAAAACUUUAUAAACAA